AUGUGCUCCUCGGGCCGCUUCGUUCAACGGGAAUACCAACUUCAACGCGAAGUCGUCAUCACCGUCGCCAACAACCAGAACCUGCGCACACGACGACAAGAUCUCGGCACUGCUGACAGCAACGGAAUUGUGACCUUCACCUCCUGGACCCACCCUCCAGAUCUUGACCCAGACUUCAGCCCCGGUGGUUUCUGGCAUUCCCACACGAUACCUGAGGCAGAGCGAACAAGGGCGUUAGCAACAAUUCAACAAUGGGCAGCAGCAAAGUCAACAUCGGCAGCAGCAGAGACAACAUCGGCAGCAGCAGAGACAACAUCGGCAGCAGCAGAGACAACAUCGGCAGCAGCAGAGACAACAUCGGCAGCAGCAGAGACAACAUCGGCAGCAGCAGAGACAACAUCGGCAGCAGUAGAGACAACAUCGGCAGCAGCAGAGACAACGACAGCAGCAGUAGCAACAUCAACACCAAUCGCUGGCCCUUCAACACCAUCGGUCUUCAUCGACGAUCCGCCACCGACACUCGCGCAGCAGCUGACUCCGACUCAACGAGAAGUCCAUCGAGGCCCCAACUUCACCGCCGGCUUCUACUCCAACUCCGACAUAGCAGGCGUACUCGACAAGGACUCCCUACUUCUUAUUGACGGCAGAGAAUUACAACGAGUCAGAGGAACAUGCUUCACCUGCCCUGAAGCAGACUUAUCACAUCAGCCGUUCGUUUCUCACCACAACCCGAGAGCACCAGCUUACACACCACUCGAGAAGGUGUACAGCGACAUCCUGUACAACCGCGAGCCUGGACAAAACGCGUACAAUUAUACCAUCACCUUCAUCAAUGCUGCCACACGAUAUGUCUUGCACCUAAAUCUUCCAAGCCGCAACAUGGCCUUCGAAGCUUUCGUCGCCUGGCUUCCAGUAGCAGAGCGAGAGUCGGGAGUAAAACUGAAAAGCUUCCAGUCAGACGGGGGAGGAGAAUAUGCGUCACAAAGGUUCAAGCAGUACCUGGCAGAGAGAGGAAUCAAGAGGCUCAUCUCUCUUCCCUACGCCCAUCAACAGCAAGGUGUAGCAGAAAGGAUGAACAGGACCCUCCAGGCCACCAUGCGCAAGCUGCUACGAAAAGUAGCAGCACGUGAUGUCAUCUUCUACGAGAACCUCACCCUCCGCGCGCACCUUGCCUACGUGGAAGAAAACAGACCUGACCUCUCGGGCGGAUUUCUUGGCACCCGAGCCUUCGCUUCGGCAGAAGAUGAAGCUGACUGGGACGAGCAGAACGUGGAAGGAGCCUCGGAGGAAGCUGGAACUCUUCCCUACUGUUCAGCCGAUGUCCCUAUGGACGACGAAGAAAAUCCACGCGACAGCAUCAACGCCGAGGCCUACUAUCACUUCGUCGACAACGGUUACGUUACACCUGCACAAGUCAACACCGACGAAGCAGAACGCAUAGGACCGAAUUUCAAUCCUACACCGGAAGCGGGAGAUGAAGCAGUUUAUCCCAAGGAUACAACACUGCCCCGAUACACAUAG